CUCCUCCGGCAGCGCAUGCGCAAUACUACAUACUGACAAACAGCCAAGUUAGCAUACAGCUAGCUACAGAUAUCGGUGACUUAUACAUAAAACAGACGUAGAAAUGUUUCGGAGAAAACUGACAGCACUAGAUUAUCACAACCCCGAUGCAUUUGACUGCACAGACGAGACUCAGUUUAGGAACUGCAUUGUGUGGCUGGAGGACCAGAAGAUUAGACAUUAUAAAAUCGAGGACAGAGGGAACCUGAGGAACAUCCCCAGCUCAGACUGGCCCAAAGCCUACCAGCAGUACUUGCAGGAUGUGAACUGUCCCUUUGGAGGUCCGGAGAGGCAGGAGGCUUUGGACUGGUUACUGGGCCUGGCUGUGCGAUAUGAAUAUGGAGAUAAUGUGGACAAAUAUAAGAGCUGUGAGCCGCUGGCAGCUGCCAGCAGCAAAGCAGCUGACCCUCUCAUCAACCUUGACGUUAAUUCUCCAGAUUUCAAGGCGGGAGUGAUGGCUCUGGCCAACCUCCUCAAGAUACAGCGGCAUGACGACUACCUGGUUAUGCUCAAGGCCAUUCGUAUUCUGAUCCAGGAGAGACUUUCUCAAGAAGCCAUUGCCAAAGCCAGCCAGAAUAAAGAGGGUAUCCCAGUAGCUUUAGACAAGCACAUCUUGGGUUUCGACACUGGAGAUGCAACUCUGAACGAAGCAGCCCAGAUCCUCCGACUGCUGCACAUCGAGGAGCUGAGGGAGCUCCAGACGAAGAUCAAUGAGGCCAUCGUCGCCGUUCAGGCCAUCAUCGCUGACCCCAAGACAGACCACAGGCUGGGCAAGGUCGGCAGAUGAGAGUGAGGAUGAAGAGAGGGAUGCUGGAGGAAGGAAAGACGGACUGAACCACAGGGGUUUUAAUUUGAUUUUGAGAGGAAAAGCAUUUGAAUUGGACAUGAAUGAGUUUGUAUUUUUUCCUUUUAUGCACAAGAUCAGACUGUUCAGAUUGGGAAUUUUCUGAGUGUUGAGGAAAUGCCAAUUUGUCACAUGUUGUCUUUCAUUUUUGGUAUACAUGUUUCAAUAAAUACCCAUCAAAACACAUUACAAUAGUUGAAGAGUUUAAAAAAGAAUUUCUUCUGAGACUUUGGUUUAAACCUUCGGUAACCUCCAGAAACCAGAGAAGCUGCAGAAACAUUCAAACCGACGGUUAUAUAUUUGUGUCUUACAGAGAGAACUUUCUUUGCAGACGGAGGAGAACCUUAUUUUGAAAUGGUUUACACUGAUGCUGUGUGGAAAAAUAUAAAUACAGCUGAACAGA